AUGGUAAGUCCAGAUAGAAGUAAACGGAAGAUACUAAAAGCCAAAAAAACAAUGCCUGCAAGUUGCCGGAAGCAAGUAGAAAUCCUGAAUAAGUCAAAGAAUGUCGAAGCACUGAAAACAGCAAGUGGGAAUAAUAUGUCAAGUGGUAAUCAGAAUUCAAAUACCAGUGUCGUAAGGAGCAUAUAUGGACAGUCUGAAAAUGCUGCUUCCUUGCUGGCCUCUAAUAAAAAUUCAGUAUGCUCGGUGAAAAGUAAAGUUUUGUCUCAGAAUGUAAUGAAACCAUUAGAAACUGUUGAUUCAGAAACAAGAUCAGAAUACACUCAAGAACAAGUUGUGUGCCCUUCCCAAAAGCCAAGUAAAACAAUAGAAUCUUCUGGGAAACCCUUUACACAAGAGACAAAAGAUUCACAAAACACUUCUAAAAAUCAUUUUGAAUGUCAGACAGAGGUAACAAGGUCCUAUUUUGAACAACGUGAAGAGGAUUGUGAUCUGAAAUCCAUUUGUUGUCCGUCCAGUUUAUGCAGUGGUAUGGUUCCAAUACCAAAAUCUACAGUAAACACCUUGGAUGAUAAGAGAAUCGACAAGAUUGUUUCCCAUUUAGAAACGAACUCCAUUUCCGAGUCACAUGAUAAAAGACAAAGUGACAUUCUAAGUUCAGAUACCCAUUUUGUGCCUUUUGAUAAAAUACCUAAGUUGGUGAAUUCAGUCAUCUCCAGUAACUGUCCUGCUGACAUCUUGAAAAGUGAAGAAUCCUGUAGAACCAGUCAUUCCAGCGUUUCAAAUUGUGACAAUGUAGACUCAACGUGGCCAUCAGCACUCGACACAGAUAGUAAUAGCCAUAAUCAAAAGAAGAGGAUGUUUUCAGAAAAAAAAGAACAUGUUAAGCGCAUGAAAACUUCAGAGCAAAUUGAUGAAAAUAUUUGUGUAGCUCUGGAAAAGCAAACAGCAUUGCUGGAACAGGUCAAACAUUUGAUUCGACAGGAGAUCUAUAGUGUAAAUUACAAACUAUUUGAUAACAAACUGAAAGAACUGACCGAACGCAUUGGGAGGACACAGUGCAGGAAUAAACAUGAAGCAGUAGCUGAUGAACUCUUCGCGAAAAUAUCCAAACUUCAAAGACGCAUUAAAACAGUAUUGCAAACUCAAAAGAAUUGCUUGGAACCAAAUGUAUUAACCAAUAACACGGCCCGUAAGGUUACAAAUUCAGAGACGAAUUUGGAUAAGAGCCCAGAGUCAGUCAGUAGUCCAGAUAAAGGAAAGACUUCGGUGAACUCUGAAUCUGCUAACCCUUCACAAAAUGCGAGUGAAAAGAUUAAUUUAUCAAGGAAACAUGAUGCUGUUUCUGAAAGUAACAAUGAUGAUGUUAUGUUGAUUUCUGUGGAAAGUCCUAAUUUGACAGCUCCAAUUACAUCAAAUCCAACAGAUACUGGAAAACCUACAUCAGGAAAUUCUAACAGUCCACCAAAUGCUGAAGCAGAAGUUCAGAAAAAGAAAUUUGAUUCUGUGAUCGAUCUGACAAAAGAAGCCCAAUCAAACUGCAACGCAGAAAGUUCAGUAUCCACCCUGGAGUCACCCGCAAAAGCGGUUUCAACCUCAAAAGAGACAACCCCAGUGGCACAAAAUGCAGCCCAGGCUCCUGAGUCCUUUGAGCACCUGCCGCCUCUCCCAGAACCACCACCACUGCUGCCCGAGCUCGUAGACAAAACCCGAGACACGCUUCCCCCGCAGAAGCCUGAGCUCAAAGUGAAGCGGGUGCUGAGACCCAGGGGCAUCGCGCUGACUUGGAACAUCGCUAAAAUCAACCCCAAGUGUGCCCCUGUAGAAAGCUAUCACCUCUUUCUCUGCCAUGACAACCCUAGUAAUAAGUUUAUUUGGAAGAAAAUCGGAGAAAUUAAAGCUUUACCACUCCCAAUGGCCUGUACUUUAUCUCAAUUUUUAGCUUCCAACAAAUACUAUUUUACCGUCCAGUCAAAAGACAUUUUUGGACGAUAUGGACCAUUUUGUGAUAUAAAAUCUAUCCCUGGGUUUUCUGAAAAUCUCACCUAA